AUGGGCACGAUAUAUGAUCAGUUCAUAGCUACAUGCUGGGAUAACUACGCCCCUGAGGGACUGCCGAGAAACCAUAUCAUAGUGAGUGAAGUUCCCAAGUUGGUGACAGAAAUGGAAGCUUUUUUGGGCGUUCUGACCCUACUAACGAAACCCGAAAUGGAAAUCAUACAAAAGAUGGCUUCAGACAAACCCACGCUAAAGUUAUUUCAGAGAGACGUGGAGCGUUUCAUUCUACGGCUUACAAAGACUCUGUCGAUGGAGGAGUUAUUGCAAAAACGAGCAAACACGCUGAAGCUUACCCUAACGCGUCUUUUGGAUAACCAUACCACCUACUCGUUUCGUCCCAAGUCGCUGGACGAUACGUUCUCUUUGAGGGGAACGUACGAAAGGAAUAAGAUUCCCGAGAUUCGGCCGUAUUCGGAGCCCAAGAGCCGGGUGGUUAAGGAAGAGCCAAUUCAGCUGGAACCGACAAUACCCAUUCCAACCAGUGGAAGUGCACAAUCUGACAUCUCGGACGUCGAGGAACUCCAACGUAAGGUUGCCCAUCUAGAAAGACUCUGCCUUUUGUACGAGGAGAAACUCGGAAAGACAGGCCCCGAAAGACUAGAUAGCUUCAAGAAGGCAUUGGAUGAACAGGACAAACUAAUCAGGGAUCUACAGCUGCAGCGCAAUUUAAAGGUAGACUGGCUACAUAGCUUGCCAUUUGCAAAGCAGUACUUCUACUCCGGGAACCGCCAAUUCCCUGGUGUCAUUGCAGACGUCGUUGCAUUGCUUCUAGCGUUCCUCAUUAUCCAAAACGUCUUGAAGCUCAUCUACUACACUACGCUCUGGAGCAUCUCCAGCCACAUCUCCUUUUCAUGGAUCCAGCAGGUGCCAUGGCUUGAAUACUGGAUCUACAGCUUCAACGAAUGGCUUGAAAGUUAA